AUGGGGGGUAGCGAGCGGCAGGGUGAGUUCAGUGGUGACCAGGAGCCGGCGGCACACUCCACAGCCCCGGGCUGUGCUGUCUUUCAGGACCAGAACAAAUCCUCACUGAGUAGUCUCGUGUGGAGCUGCGUUUCAUGUUGCAGGGAGCGUAUGGAGCUAUUGGAGGAAGCCAGGAAGAUGGAAAUGGCCAAGUUUCGCUAUAUCCUGCCUGUUUAUGGCAUCUGUAAAGAGCCAGUUGGUUUGGUCAUGGAGUACAUGGAAACGGGAUCUCUGGAAAAGCUCCUGGCCUAUGAACCGCUGCCUUGGGAACUGAGCUUACGAAUCAUCCACGAGACAGCGGUGGGGAUGAACUUCCUGCACUGCAUGUCCCCUCCGCUGCUCCACCUGGACCUCAAGCCUGCAAACAUCCUACUUGAUGCCCACUACCAUGUCAAGAUUUCUGACUUUGGACUUGCAAAGUGCAAUGGCUUGUCCCAUUCCCAUGACCUUAGCAUGGAUGGCUUGUGUGGCACAAUUGCAUACCUUCCUCCAGAACGCAUUAAAGAAAAAAACAGGUGUUUUGACACCAAGCAUGAUGUGUACAGCUUUUCCAUUGUGAUUUGGGGAGUUCUCACACAGAAAAAGCCUUUUGCAGAGGAAAACAACAUUUUACAUAUUAUGGUAAAAGUAGUUAAAGGCCACCGCCCAGAGCUACCUGCUGUUUCCAAAUCCAGGCCUCAUUCAUGUAAUAACUUGAUCAAACUGAUGCAAAAAUGUUGGCAAGAUGAUCCUGGUGAACGGCCAACAUUUCAAGAAAUCACUUCAGAAACAGAGGCCCUUUGUGAAAAACCAGAAGAUGAAACCAAAGAAGUGCUAUCUCAGGACGUGGACGCCAAGAGUUCCCCAGAGCAGCAGUCUGAGGGAACGGCUGCACUAUCCCAGCCAAAGCAGGAGCCUGUUCCAGCAUCAGUUAAGGAUUACAGUCUUUCAGAAUUGUUGUCCCAGCUGGAUUCAGGGAUUUCUCAAACUAUGGAAGGCCCUGAGGAUCUCAGCCGCAGUUCUUCUGAGUCCAAGCUUGCAUCCAGUGACAACAAACGGCUUUCGGGAGUUUCAUCUGUAGAUUCAGCUUUUUCAUCUAGAGGCUCCCUUUCCCUCUCCUUUGAAAGGGAGACUUCAGGGAAUGAUAUCGGAACUACAGACAUACAGAAGAGGAAGCUAACAGAGGCCAUUUUAUCUGGAGACACUAGCAAGCUGAUGAAGAUCCUCCAGCCUCAAGAUGUUGAUAUCGUUUUGGAUGGAAACUCCAGUCUCUUGCACUUGGCUGUUGAAGCUGGUCAAGAAGAAUGUGUCAAAUGGCUCCUGCUGUACAAUGCUAACCCUAACCUCACCAACAACAAAGGAUCCACCCCUCUUCACGUAGCCAUUGAGAAAAAAGUGAAAAGCAUAGUGGAGCUGAUUAUGGCAAGGAAAAUUAAUGUCAAUGCCAAAGAUGAGGAUCAGUGGACUGCUCUUCACUUUGCUGCCCAGAACGGGGAUGAGUUCAGCACCAAAAUGCUGCUUGAUAAGAAUGCCUCCUUAAAUGAGGUAGAUUUUGAAGGGAGAGCUCCCAUCCACAUAGCCUGUCAGUACGGCCAAGAGAAUAUUGUGCGGAUUCUGCUGAGAAGAGGCGUUAAUGUGGAUAUCAAAGGAAAGGAUGACUGGGUGCCACUGCACUAUGCUGCCUGGCAAGGUCAUCUUCCCAUCGUAAAGCUUCUGGCCAAACAGCCAGGUGCAAACGUGAAUGUGCAGACCGCGGAUGGGAGGACCUCCCUGCAUCUGGCUGCUCAGCGAGGACACUACCGAGUAGCUCGCCUACUCAUAGACCUGGAGUCAGACAUCAACAUACAGAACGCUCUCUCGCAGACUGCUCUCCACAUAGCUGCUGAAACUGGCCACACAAGCACAUCGAGGCUGCUGCUUAAACACGGCGCAGACAUUGAGGCAGCAACAGCGGAAGGAUGUACUGCUCUGCACCUGGCAUCUCGCAGUGGCCAUUUAGCAACAACAAAGUUGCUGAUAGAUGGAAGGGCCAAUGUUCUCGCCAGAGGCCCUUUAAACAGGACAGCGUUACAUCUUGCUGCAGAAAACGGGCACUCUGAAGUAGUAGAGGAACUUGUCAGUUCAGGAAACAUCAAUGUUUCUGACAAUGAAGGGUUAACAGCUCUUCAUCUGGCUGCAAGAGGAGGGCACACAAAAGCAGUUGAGGUUCUUCUGAAGCACGGGGCGCUGCAAAGACCCACGUUUCAGUCCCCGCUACAGCUCACUCAGCAGAGCAGUAAAAGCUCAAUUACUGUGUUGUUAAGUGAGACUUAAGCAAAAGGUACAGAACUUGCUGCCUUCCCAUCUGCUGUGAGAAGGCUGCUGGAGCUUGACUGGUGGGGGACCUUCUCCAGCUGUGCAAUGGCCUGCUCGUCAGCAGUGUCAGUAAAUGGACUGAGGUGCAGCCAGCCAGAAGCCAUGUGCGUCUGAGUGUGUGAGUGACAGCACACAUGGACUAAGGCUAAAUGUAAGACUAAGAGCUGGAGUCUGCCACACUGUGGUCUGAAUUGGUCAUUCUGAGUGUCUGCCCUGUCUGUAUAAUGAUACUCCCUUCCUAAGGAUGAUGUGAGAGUACAACUGAUGUCUUUUUUUUUUUUUUGACAUGCCAGAAAUAUUUAAAAACUAGCAUUCUGUCUUCUCUUUUCUUCAGAAAGAAAAUGAGAUAGAUUUCUGGUUUAUUAUAGUGAUUUAUAUUUUAGGCUUAAAGCCUCCGUGAUAGGAUAAACAGAACACAAAUCUACUUGAAAUGAAUGCAAGAGAUGAGGAAAGGGCUAUUUAAAAUACACUUAACCCUGAAGCCUGGCUAAAUUUCAGUGUCAGAGGGCACUCCUCUGUUUAAUGGAGAAAUACGGUUUAUGAACUUCAGUGUACUCAGAAUGGUUGAGGUAAACUAUCAUUAGCAAGUGCUUUCAAUAUCUGAACCAGGGAAAGAUCCAAAAAAUCAGCUCAGCACUGAUACAAGAUGGUACUGUAUAUGAAUGUAUGUACUCUAAGAUCAGUAAGUUGAGUUAGGUGCUUAGUGGUUUGUUGUAAAAAAAAAAAACAAAAACAAAACAAACCAACAAAAAAACAAAAACCCCAAACCCCCCAAACUAGAAUUCAUACUGGACUUUAAGUGGAUGGUAUAUUCUAACACAUUAUGCCUGUUGGCAAGACAAACUUUGGAGGGGUGUGUUAGGAAACUAAACCAACCAGGACACAGUAUGUGUCCUAAGAGAAUGAACUGUGUGAUGACUAGAUUGAUAUACUGUGUAUAUAGUAUUUGUAUCAGUUGUAUGCUUUUUUUUUUUCUACUGAAGAAAAUAGAUUGCUUAGAGUGGGUAUGUUUUAAUACACCUUUAAUUUCACUCUUUUCGAAGUUCA